CAAGUCCUCGCCUCCCCCCCCCCACCAUAAGCAGAGUCCUGCUGUUUAGCUGCCAUCACCCUUCCCCCACUCCUCUGUCCACGGCUGCGGGAGAAGCAAGAGCGACGAGAAAGCCUCAUCCGUGGGGUGGUGGGUUGGAGCCAGGCCUUAGAGGGACGCCCCGUCCCCCUCAGAGAGAGGGGCGACUGCUGAACCCUCUUUCCCUCCUUCCCCUUAACUGAAGGGGCUCAGUAGGUGGGGAGGGGGGAAGGUUACAUCGCCUGCCCCCCCUCCCCACCUCUGCCCACUGCCCUCGCUUUUCUGUCUGUGGUAGGAAUGUGGGGGCACUCCGAGUUGGAAGUGGGGUGUUCGCUUGAACGGCCGUUGGUUUAUCCGUUUGUUUGCUAAUGUUUGGGGGUUCAAGAACUGAGCUGAAUUGUGGUUUUGAACUGGACAUUUUUUGGGGAGGAGACCACUCCCCACUUCACACAUAUACUAUUGCCACUUUACCCUUCGUCCUCACUCACUACCCUUGGGGGUUCGUCCACCAUCAUCCUCUGGAAGGACGUGGCUGUUAUAUGAAGACGCUGUGUGGACAGUAAUGACCGCACGUUUCCGAUUGCCUGCUGGCAGAACCUACAAUGUACGAGCAUCUGAGCUGGCAAGAGAUAGACAGCAUACCGAGGUGGUCUGCAAUAUUCUUCUCCUGGAUAACACUGUACAAGCAUUCAGAGUUAAUAAACAUGAUCAGGGGCAAGUUCUGUUGGAUGUAGUUUUCAAGCAUCUUGAUCUGACAGAGAGAGACUAUUUUGGUUUACAAUUGGCUGAUGAUUCUACUGACAACCCGAGGUGGCUGGAUCCAAAUAAGCCAAUUAGGAAACAGUUGAAGAGAGGAUCUCCUCACAGUUUAAACUUCAGAGUCAAAUUUUUUGUAAGCGAUCCUAAUAAGCUGCAAGAAGAAUACACACGGUACCAAUAUUUUUUGCAAAUUAAGCAAGACAUUCUUACUGGAAGAUUGCCCUGCCCUUACAAUACUGCUGCACUUUUGGCUUCCUACGCUGUUCAGUCUGAACUGGGAGAUUACAACCUUUCCGAGAACUUCCCAGGCUACCUUUCAGACUACUCAUUCAUCCCUGGCCAGUUGCAGGAUUUUGAAAAAGAAGUAUCCAAACUACAUCAGCAGCAUCUAGGAUUGUCUCCUGCUGAGGCAGAAUUUAGUUAUCUCAAUACAGCCCGAACCUUAGAACUCUAUGGUGUUGAAUUGCACUAUGCAAGGGAUCAAAGUAACAAUGAAAUUAUGAUUGGAGUAAUGUCGGGCGGCAUACUAAUUUAUAAGAACAGGGUACGAAUUAACACCUUUCUAUGGUUGAAGAUUGUAAAAAUUUCUUUUAAGUGCAAGCAGUUUUUUAUUCAACUUAGAAAAGAAUUGCAUGAAUCUAGAGAAACAUUAUUGGGAUUCAACAUGGUGAAUUAUCGAGCAUGUAAGAAUUUAUGGAAAGCUUGUGUAGAACAUCACACCUUCUUCCGGUUAGACAGACCACUGCCACCUCAGAAGAACUUUUUUGCACAUUAUUUUACUUUGGGUUCAAAGUUCCGGUACUGUGGAAGAACAGAAGUUCAGUCUGUACAGUAUGGUAAAGAAAAGGCCAAUAAGGACAGAGUAUUUGCCCGAUCUCCUAGUAAACCUCUGGCUCGCAAAUUGAUAAGUGGGAUGGACUGGGAGGUUGUCAGCAGGAAUUCAUUGUCUGAUGACAGGUUAGAAACUCAAAGCUUGCCAUCACGCUCUCCACCUGGAACCCCUAAUCAUCGCAACUGUGCAUUUACUCAGGAAGGAAAUCGUUUACGGCCAUCAUCAGUGGGACAUCUGGUGGACCAUGUGGUCCAUACUUCUCCAAGUGAAAUUUUUGCAAAUCACCGGUCUCCUUCUUCCACACAGGCAAACAGCAUCAUUCUGGAAUCAUCACCAUCUCAAGAAACCCCCGUAGAUGGGCAACCUCCUGCAUUGCCACCCAAACAGUCGAAAAAGAACAGUUGGAACCAAAUUAAUCAUUCACAUUCUCAACAAGAAUUGGAUAACCAUAUAAAUGAAACAUACGAUGAUUCUUCAUCUCCAGAAAAAUCUACACCCAAUGGCGGGAUUCCUCAUGAUAAUCUUGUUCUGAUCAGAAUGAGACCAGAUGAAAAUGGAAGAUUUGGUUUCAAUGUAAAGGGUGGAUAUGACCAGAAGAUGCCUGUCAUAGUGUCCAGGGUAGCUCCCGGAACACCAGCUGACAUUUGUGUUCCACGUUUGAAUGAAGGAGACCAGGUAGUACUGAUCAAUGGCAGGGAUAUAUCAGAACAUACCCAUGAUCAAGUUGUCAUGUUUAUUAAAGCUAGCUGUGAGAGGCACUCAGGGGAACUUGUGCUUCUAGUUCGACCAAAUGCUGUUUAUGAUGUAGUAGAAGAGAAGCUAGAGAAUGAACCUGACUUCCAGUACAUCCCUGAGAAGUCUCCAUUAGAUGGUAUCCACCAAGAUGACAAUGCUUUGAGAGAGUCAAUGUUUCAGCUAGCUGAAGGACUCAUCACUGGAACUGUCCUGGCUCAGUUUGAUCAACUCUAUAGGAAGAAGCCUGGGAUGACCAUGUCUUGUGCCAAAUUACCUCAAAACAUUUCCAAAAAUAGAUACAGAGACAUUUCGCCUUAUGAUGCUACACGGGUCAUUUUAAUGAGUAAUGAUGAUUACAUCAAUGCAAACUAUAUAAAUAUGGAAAUCCCUUCUUCCAGUAUAAUAAACAAGUACAUUGCUUGCCAGGGUCCUUUACCCAACACUUGUCCUGAUUUUUGGCAGAUGACAUGGGAGCAAGGCUCUUCGAUGGUGGUAAUGUUAACCACUCAAGUGGAACGGGGCAGAGUAAAAUGCCAUCAGUACUGGCCAGAGCCCAGUGGAAGUGCUGCAUAUGGAAGUUUCCAGAUCAACUGUCAUUCAGAAGAAGGAAAUCCUGCUUAUGUCUUCAGAGAGAUGACAUUAUCUAACUUGGAGAAAAAUGAGCACCGUCAGCUCACUCAGAUCCAGUACAUAGCAUGGCCCGAUCAUGGAGUUCCUGAUGAUUCCAGCGAUUUCCUGGAUUUUGUGUGUCUUGUACGGAAAAAAAGAACUGGCCGAGAAGAACCUGUUAUCGUCCACUGCAGUGCUGGCAUUGGACGAACAGGUGUUCUUAUCACUAUGGAAACAGCCAUGUGUCUCAUUGAGUGUAAUCAGCCUGUUUACCCUUUGGAUAUUGUGAGAACCAUGAGAGAUCAAAGGGCCAUGAUGAUCCAAACUCCCAGUCAAUACAGAUUCGUUUGUGAGGCUAUUUUGAAAGUGUAUGAAGAAGGACUCGUUAGACCUUUAAUGAUGUCAGUGAAUAAAUAGAAAGCAAAAGAUACUUUUUAGAAGACCUGGUUUAAGACACUGGCUGCACUUGUUCUGCCAUAACUUUGUUUGCAAGAAAUGGUGUCUGAAAACAAUGAAGAACUGAAAAGAACUUGGAAAAACUUCAGCACUGUCGCACUUUACAAUGAAACUGAAAACAGUCUCUAAAACACUAUGAUUUUCUGUGUUGGAAGACUCUCUUCUUGCUUUGCUCUGAAAAAAAACAAACAAACUGAAUGAACUCCCUAUGUUCAGAAUGACUUUUCCAGACUUGGGUGUAGUGCCAUAUAGUUCCUUUUUGUUUGAACUGCUGCUGCUGCUGCAAAAAAAAAGCUUGGAAUACUUUUACUCUCUAUUUGGCACCUGUGUUUUUUCAAAGUAACAAUACACACAAAGCCAUUUCUUCCAAUGCUAGAUUUUUUGCUGUGUUCAUAUCCUUGCUAUCUUUGUCUUCAUUUUGGUGAAACAUUAGCAAUAUUACUGCUACUAGACACACUGCCUACUGAAGUAACACAUUUGCCCUAUGCCCUUCUGGAAACUAAUUUGAUUAGUAAUGGAAAGCUGAAAUCUGUUCUAACCCAACAAUAGCUGCACAAAGGCCCAUUUAACCAGCAUCUUGUUUAAUGUGGGGUAGAAGAGGCAUUAUUUUGAAAUGAUAGUUAAGUUUCUCAGUGUCAUAAUAUUGGUGUGUUCCAAAUCAUCUGACAUUACCUAAUGGAAAAAAAUGGUCUUAACCCCUUAAGUGCCUUGAGACUUACAGUGUACGGCUCGGAUCCUAAGGUGCCAUGGUGCAACAGCAAUUCUAUGACAGAACAAUAUUUCCAUUUGCAGAGGAAAGGAGGAAGACUCCCUCUUUGCCCUCAUACUGUUCCUGGGGGGUGUACCAUGACCCACAAGAGCACAAUUUUGGGUGGCACAGAAAGCGGGAGGGGAGAGAAGUUGAAAGCUUAAGGGCAGCUCCACUUGUGCUGCUUAGGAUUCAAACCUGUCUUAAUGAGUAGGCACUUGUAUAGGCCCUAAAGGGGAAGUAUCAUCAUUGAAACAUUUAUUUUAGUGGGUUCAUGUUUUAAAUCAUGACCCUUGGUGCUUAGAGUAUGGUAGUGUAGGGGGUUGAAAGAAAAGGAAAUACCAUUCCUUCUCUUUCAACAAGUACCCACGUGCUACUAUGGGUAGCAAAAGCAUCCCAGCCUAUUUAAAUAAGCAUUAUGUACUGCUAUGAAAUGAAGUGGAAAUAUCUGACACAUUCCUUUCAUUUGGUAAAAUGUUUGCAGCAUAAAACAAAGUCAGUAGAUUGUUUUAGAACUUGUUCCCCUGUUUACCCUUAUGCUGAGAAGGAAAAGCUUUGUAACUUAAGUAAGAAAAUGAUAGCUUUUUAGUAGCACUGAUACUUUGCUUUAAACAUGGCAAUCCAAGAUGAUCCUUCCCCUAUCACCUGUUUGCCAUUUUUGUUCCCUGAAUCCACAUCUGUUUUUCAAGUCAAUGCGUUUACUGGACCGUUUACUGGACUACUUUUAAAAGGUGGGAGGAGCAGGGGAGGGUAAAGGCCAUCCACUCGUCCCUAAAAUAUUUGGCCUUGUUUGGAUUUCCAUGUUGUUCUUUUGUGAGAUGAAAUUGUUACUGUUUGUGUGCCUCCUUUCUGAAGUUGUUAGCAUGUGGAGGCAGGUCUUUGAUACAGUAUCUGAACUCAUUCUAGAGACAUGUAUAGCUUUUCAAAAAAAAUUUCUAGAUGAAGCCAACAGACUAGUAAGGAUGUCCAGCCUUGCACAGUAAGUUGGGGAUUAUUUGUUUUUUAUAAAGACUUACCUUCAACCCCUAUAUUUAAAUAUUUGAUUACGCAACACUUUUUAAAAAAUCAGGAUAUGCAAAGUAUAGAAUGGGAAAUUUGAUUAUUUUAAAAUAGUUGGGUUUUUUAAAUUAUGGUAUAUGUUCUCUUCAACAACUACUUAGAAGGAUCUAUAGACACACUGUAUAAAGUUUAUCCCUAGUGAGCUGAAACUCUGUGGUGUUAAAUGGCAGCAAUCCAGUACCAUAAUGCCAAAUGAAAGAGAAAAUGUAAAGUCUUUUUUAAAAAAUCAGCCUUUAUUUACAAAGCAAGGCUGUGGUAUAUGUUUCUAGAUUUAACAUUAAUUUCAUUAUUUUCCUUUAAUGAUAAAUACUUUAGGUUAUAUAUUCCACUGCCAGGGAUAUUUGUUAGUGUCUCUUUUACCCACUUGUGGCUGAAGUGGCAUUGGUGAUUAUAGGCUUCUAAAAAUCUUACGUUGAGCAGUUGUGCUGUCCUUAAGAAUACAAAUUUUUUGUGCUUUGACAAGCUGACCCAUUUGCUAACUCUGCUUCUACUUUUGAAAGCUGUGAAAGUUGAGGGGUUGGUGAGAGAAAUGUUGUAUACAAAGUAAUAAUUGAAGGAAACACUGUUGCUAUUCAGCGAGGCAUGAGAGGCUGUAUGUCUGCAUUUUCAUUAGGCUUAGGGCAGAUGACAAAGUGCAAUGUGGUGAUUGCUUAGAAUCUUUCUGUGCAGUUGUCUAAAACCAUCUUUACAUGUUGGGGCAAGCAAUGUAAAACCCCUUUUUUAUAGAAAGCUUACAGUGGCUCUUUUCAGCCAAUGUGAUGGCAAUUAAAAGAAAUACUGGUAAACAUUCUUCAUGCUUAUGCUCUGUUUUAAUACGUUUUGCAUCAAAAGGGUCACAGUAUAAUACCUGGAAAGUUUUUUCCUGCUUUUGAUUUUCAGGUAUGGAUUUUCACUAUUCUAGGCCAUGGUGGUGGUUAUUUACAGGGCUAACGUAAGCACUUGUAGUAUAGUAAAGGAACUGCUAUGUGAUUACAUUCAUUCUAUUGAAACAACGUUUGGUUUCUCUGUUGCCAAUCUAUAAAUAAAAGUAGCAUUGCCAUUUUUAUAAACUUACAGGAGAAAGGACUUAGAGAGUUUAUAACAACACUGUGUAUCAUUGGUAUUUUACAUAUGCGAUAUUCUUAUGUGAGGUUGCCAAAGCAAUUUGAAUCCAUGAGAAAUAUUUAUACCACAAUGUAUAGCUUUGUUGGAGGAUAUUUUUCAUAUUCAGUAUAUUUGAUGCAAUGUAGAAACAGAAACAAUUGUCUUAAAAGUCUCUCCCUUCUGAUAUAAGCUGAUUUAGAGCUUACUGGUUAGUUGCAAUGAAGAAAUAGAGAGAGGGAUUAGUUUGGGUGGGGUUACUAGCUAAUCAACAAGCUGUGAGAAUUUUCCUCAGUGUACAUAUGAUAAGGACAUAAUAAUAAUAAAUCAAAGCAUUAUGCCAGAAACAUCAAUUUCCACAAAAUACAUAUUCUCAUUGUGGUAUAAAUAACCUUCUACUAAUAUUUUUAUAUGUCCUGAAAGUUAAUACUAUUAAUUACUUUGCAUUGGGUUAUGAAGAUCUGUAUCAAACUAAAACAAAAAUAUUUUUUGUAAGUGUUUCAUGCUGUACAAAACAUGAAUGUAUGUUUGAGGCAUAAUGAUAUAUAAAGUAAUAAGUGUUAUGAAUGUUGGAUUUUACGAAUAAUUAUUUUCAUACUGUUUGCUAAAAAAGAUGGGGGAGAGCAGUUUGUAACACUUUGGUUCUUUUUUUUUUUAAUUUCAGUUAUUUUCACUGUAAGAGUAAUAGGGUAAUAGUUUUGUGCCAAUAUUUGUUUAAAUGUAUGGGAUUUUGGUUCUAUCUUCAGGAUUGGAAACUGCAAUUAUUUAAGGUACUUUGAAAGUUUGUCAAAUGCUGAAAUCUAGGACUCUAAGGUUUUGGGUUGUGGGGUUUUUGUUUUUGUUUUUUUGCCUUUUCAGUUUUGUUGCUUUGGGGUGAUAAGGGUAUAAUUUGGAGUAGUUAAAUAUGAAGUACCUACAGAUGGUGUCAGUCAAUCUCUGAGAAAUAUGAUUCUAAGCAAGCCACUUUAAGUAUGCCUUUCUCCAAAAGGAUGAAGUCAAGCAUGUUCCACUAGUAUUGUUGUAAUGUUGGGGACCGGUGCUAGCUCAUGGACAAGACUUCUGGUGCAGGCAUUAGUAUAUUCUAUACCUUAAUGUUUAUUCUGAGACAACUAAAUUUAGGGUCAGAUUUUAGGUUCUCUUAAGCUGAAGCAUUAAGUGUUGUGACUGAAGUAAUAAAACCUACCAAAUUUAUAUGCUGUAGUCCAAGCUAUUAAUUUGCAACAAAAAGUCAUUCAUGCUAAAACAUUCAGUAGUAGCUGAGAGCUGUGUUUAAUCAGGAUUUUAUAAAUAAGCUCUGUAAGUGCUGCUAUUAUCUUAUAAUGGAAGGUGCAAAAUGCAAGUGAAGAGAGCUAGGAGAGGUUUGUGACAGAUCCAGUAUGGCCAGCACCUUGCCAUGAGCAAUGUGCAGAUUAAAACUUGCAGCAUUAGUGGAAAGGGAGAACAGCAGCAGAAUGCUGCAGUUGCAGCUGAUCAGAGAGGUCAGGAAGCGGAAGAGUCAUGCAUGGAAUCUCAGCAGCUUCUGCAUCUUGUAGAAAAGGACUUAACUAGACAUUUUGGAAAGUGUCUAGCCUAUAUGCUAUUUGUAGCUCUCACAGAUUUUUGUGAAGAUGCACCUCCUCACCCUUGGAAAGAAGCGGAGGCAUCUGGUCCCAUAUGCAAUAUUGUUAUUAUUGGAUGUUGUACCUAUAGAUUAGUUUUGAGUAAUAAAUCACUUAGUUCUACAUUUGGUGUUAAGGGAAGUUCUGCACAUUAUGCGAAAUCCUUUCUCAGCCCCCCCUUUUUGUCAUGCAAGUUUAGAUCUUAACUUCCUUUUCCAUUUAGGGAAGGCACCCAUGGAGGAAGGUGUGGGGGGGCAGUUUUUCAAUGAUUCUCUCCUCCUACUGCAAAGGCCUCUGAUAGGUUUACCAAUCUCCAGGUGGUGGCUGGAGAUCUCCCAGAAUUACUACUGAUCUCCAGACCACAGAGCUCAGUUCCCCUGGAGAAAAUGGCUGUUUCGUUUGGAGGGUGGACUCUAUGGCAUUAUACCCUGCUGAGGUCCCUUCCCAAGCCCUGCCCUCCCCAGGCUUCAUCCCCAAAAUCUCCAGGAAUUUCCCAACUAAGAGCUGGCAAUCCUACUCUGAUAUUGUUCCUGGAGUGGAGGGGUGACAGGAGGCUUCAGGAGGAGUGCGAGAGAGGAAAUUUCCCCUUCAAGUGAUGCAGCUCUGUUCAUGCUAGGUAGGAUCCAGUUAAUAAUGAUGUCUGUUCUCAAGUAUGUAGGAGAUGUAGCUAAAAACCUUGUGUAAUAAGCACCUCCAACUUCCUGACUAGAGCCAGUCUUUUUCCUGCUUCCAUUGUAAAUUACUGCAGCUUCUGAGGUUUGGCCUAUGUUAGCUGGGUUCUGCACAUUGUGCAAAGCUUCUUCUUUGUGUGUCCCAGGAUAACAUCCAUAAUGCAGCUGCCAGCAUGUAUUCUGUACCAAUAUAUAUUCAUAUGGAAAUGAACUCAUGGUAAAUAUUCAAGAACCGAGAGUACGCAAAUAUACAUUAUGCUGAUUCCUACAGCCUGCUUAUGAUUUUAACAUCCUGAAGAAUAUUGAAGAGUGGUGUUACUUGAGCAACUUAGUCUGUCCUGAUAAAAUGCUGAAGUGACAGAAAAUCAAAUGGAGUGUGUCCCAUGCCUCUUGUGCUGCAUCACUGUAGCAGUGACUUAUUAUCAGUCUCAGUCAUGGUAGUCCUAGGCUGCUUCCACAUGGGGACUUUUCCCUGCAUGAAAAUCAGGAGGCCCCUGCAUUUAAAGGGACCAUCCAUAUGAUACGCUAAUUCUGAGCACAGCUCAUCAGCUUGACAUGCUCCCCCCUGUAAAGCCCUCUUUGAUCCAACCCUCAUUUGUGGGGUGGUGGUGGGUAGAGCAUCCAUCUGGAUGCUGCACCCACAGCCACUAGAAGCUGGUGCUAAUCUCUGCUUCCAGCAUGGCAUGGGAUGUUUUCUUGCCACACGCCGCCCUGCCCCCUUAGCCCAUAAAGGACAGUUUCCCUUUCCCAGCUCAGGCAUGCUUACAGUGCAGUUGCACUAAGAAAGGGAAGUGAGGUUCUCAAGAUCCAUUGUAAUAUCUGCUGUAUUGUGCUUUCGUGCACAUGCAGUGGAGGAUAGGGAGAGGUGCAGCAGCAGCAAGCAGAAAAGAACAGGUCUCACCCAGUUCCAUCCUGCUUGCUGCUGCCAUAGCAAGGGGCAUUUUUGUGUCCCUAUAUAGAUGCAACCCUACAAUCAAUUUAGUGUGUUUAGACUAGCCCCAGAAUUACGGUCAAUGACCACACCUAAUUAAAAGUGGAUUUAUUGGAUUUAUUUCUGAACAAAUGAGUUGAGAAAGAUGCCUUAAACACAAAUGGAGUGGCUUAUUGUUUCUAAUAAUAAUACGUUAUCUGUAUUUGCCUUAGAACACUUCCUAAUUUUAAUACCUGGUUGCCCUUUAAAAUAAUUUGCCAUUUUCAACAGCACAACACUGAUUUCUCAAUUUGAGCCACAAAGGAAAUGAAGAUUAUGUAUGGAUGCCAAAUCACAAUCAAGUCCAUUUAUUAACAAACCAGGAUAUUUGAUUUAUUAAACAUGAAGACACAAAUUAAUUUGAAUUUUGGAGAUGCUCAAAGGGAGAACUAAUAUAUUCACUUUAAUUUACCUGAUGCAGCCAAGCUAGAGAGAGAAACCAAAGCCAAAAUGUAGGGAAUUUUAAAAGACACGGACUUUUAAAUUUUUCCCACACAUUGAUUGUUUUCUGAAUCAAGACAGCGUUUUUAAGGUAUUUAAUGGAAAUUCUUUGCUUUUAAACAUUAGUAAUGCACAUAUGUUAAAUUUUAAUUGCUUUAAAACACAUGUUCCUGGCAUAUGGUUUAUUUGCACAGGAUGACUCGAAGACCAUUAUGUUAAUAAUUUGGAGAUGAAUAUUUUAGAGACAUUGACUGACAAUAUUUGCUGGUGAAGUUACUUGAUAUUUAACAAAAUUUAUAAAGGGUUUUGCCUACAUUUAUUGAAUUUCAAAUAGUAGCACUUUAUCUCAUUCUUUACUACUGACAGUUUUGGGACAAGAUAAAUUUGCUAUCAGGUUGAAGAGAGUUGUUUAAUGGAUUGCUGUGCAGAGUUUAUUUGGGGUUCUGUGAUAUGAAUCUUUACCGGUGCAUUAACUUUCUGGCUCAUUUCCCACUGUUUUAGGAUACAUUUAUGUAACUGAAAUCACAGUCCUACCAUACUGUAUCCUAAACCUAAGUACUAAUGCCUGUAUGAUCUGUAGUGCUGUGCAACAUCUCCUUUUUUGUGGUAUUGUGCUGAUGCAACUGUUCAUGCACUAAGAAUGGGGCGGGGGGGGAUAAGAAUGAUACUAAAAAUAAUCCCCACAAGAACAUCUGGUUAAGAGUUCAUUUGGGGGUGAUUUUUUUCUUGUGUCUCAGCUAGCCACAAUGCUAUUUACAGUGGCCUGGAUCCAAAGAGCUGCAGACAGCUUCUCCGGAAGCAUUACUGCUUAUGGGGCCGAUCGUUUUUUCUUGAGCUGCCCUGCAGGCUGCUUCUAAAUUUGGGGGACCUUCUAGAGUGUUUCUGAUGAAGAAGAAAGAAAUUAGGUCAGUGGGAAGCCUUAAUGCACAUUUGGAAGUGUUCGCAUGUACUUAAGGAGCUCUUUGAUUCCUGGCUUACGGAUAUUGCUGCUUAGAGUUAUUUUUUUAACAUUUACUUAAAAAUCUGGAAAUCAAUACAUUUUGUACUUAAGUUACAAAUUAUUAGUAAAGAAAAAGAAUGCACAGAAAUUAAUGUUUAAGCGUUGCAAUUUUUUUCCCUUCAAGGCAAUGGCUAUAAUGUGAUUGGAGGAGUUAAACCAUUGAUAAUAAAUUGCUUUAUAUUGUUCUAGUAAAGAAUAUCAGUACAUUUCCUAAUUCAGUUAUCUCCAAACAUUAGGGUUGGUUUCAAAUUUAACAUAAAUUCAUAUGGAUACUAAAAAGUGAUCUUGUUCUAGCAAAUUCUAAAGAGAUUUUUGUGUUUGUAUAUGAGGUUUUUUUCCCUGUCACAGGUGCUAUGUGUAAAUAUAAAGGGUGAAAAAUAUAGUCUUGCGUGGAUCAUGUUCACAGUCCAAUGUGUGGCCAUUAUUUUCUUUAUUUUAUUACUAGUGAUCUGAUGGUAAUGGGUUUUUUUUUCUUUUGUGGCUUUGCAUUUGUCCAGUUCAACUGGGUUUUGUGCAACUAAGUAAAUCCACUUCAAUGAUCUUGGUGGGUCAUCUCUGAAGCCCAGUAUACGUACACAUUUUCUGUUCAUUGCACAAGUUCAUUUUUAUAUAAACAGGUUUGUUUUUGAACUUGUGUGUUUCUUAGGUGUACAGAGUUUUUCAGCUAAUAGCCUUGAUAUGAGGCAGCAGGAAAUGUGCUCAGUUGAAAAUGACAUGCACUUGAAUUUGGUCAACACUGGACAACGUGAAAAAGUCAGAGUUCAUCACUGUAGCUACUACUGUAUGCUUUAAAAGGGCCUUAUGUAUUUUGCCUACAUUGGGGUAACGGGAGAGUUUUUGCCGUUAAGAAUAAGGUACACUAACAUUCUACAUACUAUACCAGCAGCUUCCCAGGGGGAGGGGGAUAUUUAACAUUUAAUAAAUCUUGUUUUUAGUCUUAAGAGCAAUUUCAUUCUAUUAUGUGAAAUAUAUGCUGUUAUACAUAUUUUGUGGAUAUAUUUAAUUUCGAUUGACAAAUAGUUGUCUAGGUACAAACUUGAAACAAAAUAUAUAGUUUACUUGUGAAUCUUAAUUGUUUAAUUGCAAAAUAAAGAUGUGCUUUAGUAA